AUGUUAUCAGAUUUGAUUCAAAAAUCAAAAUUCAUUUGUACAACAGCAGACAUAUGGAGUGGAAAUAAUAAAAGUUAUCUAGGAAUGACUUGUCAUUUAAUUGAUCCUAUAACUUAUGAAAGAAAAUCAUUUGUUUUGGGCUGUAAGCGAAUAAUCGGAAGUCAUACUUACUUGAAUAUCACUGAAACAAUGACUUGUAUGACACAAGAAUAUAAUAUUCAUUACUCAAAAAUAAGCCAUACGGUUACAGAUAAUGCAAGUAAUUUUGCAAAAGCUUUUAGAACUUUUUCAACAAGUGUAAAAUCAACUCAGUCAACUACUUUAAGUGUAGGUGAUUUAAACGAAGAUGGAUCACCCUUUGAGGAUUCAGAUGUGGAAACUGAAAAUAUAACUGUGGUAGAUAUUGGUCAAAUAUUUACCAUAUCUGAGGAUCAAAAUAUAGACGAGUCAUUUUGUUUACCCCCACAUAUGAGCUUUUGGACUCUCAUUAGUAGAAGUACAGUUGCUUCAGACAAAAUUUUAGAAAAGUGUGGCUGUAAAUUUCCUAUUCCUGUAGUAACUCGUUGGAACUCUUUGUAUGACUCUAGCUUAAAAGUUUUAAAGUAUAAACAACAGUUGACUAAAGCAUUUGAUGAUUUGCAUUUAAUAAAAUUAAAAUUAAGCGAAUGGACUUUUUUGGAAGAAUAUUGUCAAGUCAUGGAACCAUUAGCUAUAUCACUAGAUAAGUUACAAGGUGAAAACAAUAGUUUUUUGGGGUAUGUAGCUCCAACUAUUUUAGUUCUAAGGCGUCUGUUAAUAUCUUUUACAGAUUUGAAAUACUGUAAACCAUUAAGCUUUGCUAUUAUUCAAGCUAUUGAAACUCGUUUUAAUUAUAUAUUGGAUUUAAGUCGUCCAGAAAGUAAAGACUUUAUUAUAGCCUCUAUAAGUCAUCCCAAAUUCAAGCUAAGUUGGUCUGAUAAGGAUGACAGUGAUGAUGAUUUUUUCGAUAGUAUUUGCAAUGACAAUGUUUUUACCAGCCCAUCUGAAUCUGAAUCAAGAAAUUCUAAUUUAGCAAAUUUGCAAGCAUUAUCUUUCUUAAAUUUGAAAAAAAAAGAUCUUGACAUUUUAAAUGAUUUUCCAGUAAUUAAAGAAGUAUUUUUAAAAUAUAAUACUACCAUUCCAUCAUCGGCAGCAGUAGAGCGGCUAUUCAGUAAAGCUGUUCAAGUGUUAACAACAAGACGCAAUCGACUCAGUGAUGAUACAUUUCAAAUGCUGUUAUGUUGUAGAUCAAAAUAUGAUUUAUAA